CAUGCGACAUAACCACAAAGUAUAACGAUUGAAAUGAGAUGAGGUGCUAUGAUUUGGUUCAUCACGUCGCUGCUGCCGACGUCCUACUUGACAGGCUGGUGGACGCUGAACGUGAAUCUGCUGUGUCAUUUGCUGCAAGGACUUGUUGGCGCAUGUGGGAUCUCUGUGCUCAGCUCCCUGCUCAGAGUGCGUUUGUAUGUUGAGGAGGAAAGGUACGGACAUUUUGCGAUUUUACGCACGUUGGACUCCUGGUUCAUUUUGUCCUUCCGCAGUUGCAGUAACAAAGAUGCGUCUAGUCAGAGGAGGGUUAAACGUGGAGCGGCGGGGAGGCUCCAUUUUGUCUUUGUGGCCGGGAUGUUGGCUGCUGUCGGUUCUCGUGUGGCCUCCUUGGUGGUGCUGGAAUUUUGCCUUCGAGCCGGCUCCGCAUGGCUGACAAGAGGACCUGACUCUCUGAAAACGCUCCACCACCUCAUGGUUCAAAGCCAAUUCUCCCUGGGAUGUGCCCUCAGCUGCACGCUACAAUUCCUCCACGAAGGGGCUCUGCAUCGCUGGUUGUGCUUGCUCCUGGCAGCGGCACUCAGCUGUUGGCUAGCCCGGAAGGCGGCGGCGUUACGGCGCCAUGUGGCGACUCUGUACAAACUGCACAGUUCGCAACGCUACUGCGGCAUUUGCAUCAGCCUGCUGACGUACGGCCGCGGCCCUGUGCUGCUCCCGGCGCUAUGCGGGACGCUCAUGGUGGCCUUUGUCAUGGCUGUGGUGGCAGCAUUGGUGAUCAUCAACCAACACUUCUUGUCUGCAACAGAAGCACUUAAGUUUUGGACACCCCUGACCAUCUGUUACGCUCUGCUGGUGGUUUACAUGCAGGACGAGCAGCGUAAUUUGCCGGCGAGCCAGGCGCUCCUGAUCUCGGUGGUGGUGCGCCUCGGUGCGUUGAUGGUCCUGAUGCUGAUUGUUGGACGCUGGGCCGAUGUACUCCACAUUUUCCUGUGUUUCCUGGGUGAGGCCGCCUGUCUGAUCCCCACAACAGAUCUGCUGGCCGCAACCUCUUCGCAGGAAUGCACAUCGUAAAUGAAUGGAUUUUUGAAAAGUAUUCCUCUGGCCGAAUGGGAUGCACACCUCGGAUGCAACAGAGGUACUGUUGGGUCUAUCUCAAAUGGAGUCAGUUCAAGAGAGUCACAGAACCGUGGUGAUUUAUGAUUUAUUUUCAUCCGCCCGUCAGACUUAAGGCAAAGCUGUUCUCUUUCAACUUCAACCAGACAUUGCAUGACAGGACGAUUUACCCUCAGAGGGCCUCAUCUUUGUUUGCAACAAACUAAAAUGGCUAAAAUGAGAAGAGACUGUGUAAAGACACUCAUUUCUUAAAUAAAGUACAAACAAUUACAUUUGAGUGAUAGCUGUAAUAAUGUGUUUGUAAUACUGCAUGUUUUUUUUUAACUAUGACAAUGUAAAUUGUACCAAAAUACAACAUCAUGUUUAGUUUUGUGUGUGUGAAUUUCUCAUCCUGUUGAAAAUAUUUUGUCGAGACAAUUUAUUACCCAUUAUCUUCCUUAUAGCUAAUCAAGGUGUGACAAUUAAUCAAUAACUAAUUAAUUAGCAAAUUGCAUUUACUAGUUUGAUGGGAAGGAAACUCAAAAUUAACCAAAUCCUCAGAAUUUAAAAGGCUCUCAACAGUAAACCUCACAAUUUGUACUCGUUCAUGAAACCAGACUGUUUAACCAAAUUAAUA